AUAUUGCUAAUGAGAAUGUGGAUAUUUUUUAAUUGCUGCUGUCUUCAUAGGUACAACAGAAAAUUAGAAGAAGCUAAAAAUAUUGGGAUAAAGAAAGCUAUUACAGCCAACAUUUCAAUGGGAAUUGCCUUCCUACUGAUAUAUGCCUCAUAUGCACUGGCAUUCUGGUAUGGGACCUCUUUGAUCCUCUCUAAUGAAUACAGUAUUGGACAAGUACUCACUGUCUUUUUUUCAAUAUUAAUGGGAGCUUACAGUAUUGGACAAGCAUCACCAAACAUUGCAGCUUUUGCUAAUGCAAGAGGUGCAGCCUGUGAAAUCUUCAGGAUAAUUGAUAAUAAUCCAACUAUUGACAGCUAUUCGAUGAAUGGCCAUAAACCAGAUAAUAUUAAAGGAAACUUAGAGUUCAAAAAUGUUCAUUUCACUUACCCAUCUCGGAAAGAGGUCAAGAUUUUGAAGGGCCUCAAUCUCAAGGUUUACAGUGGACAAACAGUAGCCUUGGUUGGAAACAGUGGCUGUGGAAAAAGUACAACUAUUCAAUUGAUACAGAGAUUAUAUGAUCCCACAGAAGGCAUGGUCACCAUUGAUGGACAGGAUAUUCGAACCCUAAACGUAAGAUAUCUGCGGGAAAUUACUGGAGUUGUGAGUCAAGAACCAGUACUCUUUGCAACUACAAUUGCUGAAAACAUUCGCUAUGGCCGUGAAGAUGUCACCAUGGAAGAGAUUGAAAAAGCUGUCAAGGAAGCCAAUGCCUAUGACUUUAUCAUGAAACUUCCUCAUAAAUUUGAUACUUUGGUUGGAGAAAGGGGAGCCCAGCUGAGUGGAGGUCAGAAGCAGAGAAUAGCAAUUGCCCGAGCUCUGGUUCGGAAUCCCAAGAUCCUUCUGCUUGAUGAGGCAACAUCAGCCUUAGACACGGAAAGUGAAGCCGUUGUACAAGUGGCACUGGAUAAGGCAAGAGAAGGACGCACCACUAUUGUGAUAGCCCAUCGUUUGUCUACAGUCCGUAAUGCAGAUAUUAUAGCUGGCUUUGAGGGCGGCGUAAUUGUGGAGCAAGGAAACCAUGAUGAAUUAAUGAAACAGGAAGGUGUUUACUUCAAACUUGUUACCAUGCAGACAACAGGAAAUCAGAUUGAAUCAGAGGGCGAUUCAGAUGGAGUGAAAAACAAAAUAAAUACCUCAGAACCAGCUACAAAAGGUUUUGAAUCCAGGAACCUAAAAAGACGAUCAAGUCUCAAGUGUCAAGAAGACACAAAAUCUCUGAUUUCCCACAGUCUUUUUCUGAAUGGUUUAAUAUUCACAAGAUGGGAAAAAUAUCGUAGGACCCAAGAUUUAGUGCUAGAGAAGAUCUUAGAGAAAGUUGAUGACCAAAAUGUCAAGACGCUUAACGUCCAGUGGCUCCGGGCUCAGCUUGGCAUUGUGUCCCAGGAGCCCAUCUUGUUCAACUGCAGCAUUGCAGAGAACAUCGCCUAUGGAAACAACAGUCGGGAGGUAUCACAGGAAGAAAUUGUGAACGCAGCCAAAGCUGCCAAUAUCCAUCCUUUCAUUGAAACAUUACCCAGACUCUUUAGAGAACCUCGGAAUCAGGCAAAGUCGUUGGUCUUAGGACAGAGAAGUGAAAGAGACAGGAGAGUCAUCACGUGGAUAGUCCGGAGUCUGGAGCCUGGAGCUUUUGUGGCUGAGAGUGGCUUCCAAGAGCUGCAGCUUAAAUAUCCCAGCACUACUACAUCACCACACCACAAAGAACAUCACAUCACCACAUUACCCUAA